GUUUUUGUUAUCUAACGACGGAGAUUAUUUUCCCCAAUUUUCAGAAAACGAAACCCUAAACCCAUUAUUCCGAUAAACUUGUUCGCCGUCUGAUUUCUUCAUCAUCUUGAUUAAGCUUUCUGGGUUUAUCCGUCUGGGUUUCUCCGAUUACACAAAAUUAGCCCCUUCCGUGAGAGAGUCAGACAGAGAGAGAGAGAGAUCGUGAAAAUGUUGAAGUUCCUAUCAAGAGUGAGGAUCGAGUACAAUGCCUUGGACCCGCGAACAGCAUCGUGUAUGGAGUUUCUGGCACAAUGCAACUCACGAAAGGCGAAAGAAUCAAACCCUGCGUGUGAAGUGGAGGUGAAGCGUGGAAUCGUCGACCACCCGCCGCAGAUAACGGUGACAUUCGUGAAUGGGGUUGAAGAAAUGUUCGAUGCAACAUUGACACCUGCCCAGAACAUAAGGAACAUGAUUCUCGAAAAGGGUCAGCUCCUCGAGACCGAACAGAUGUUCCGAGAAGCAGGGGAACCCUGGCCUGUUAUCAUCCCCGAGGAGGAGCUGUCUCAGCCUGCACCCGGUACCAAACCAAGGAAAGCAGAAGAGAAGAAGCAGUAGGUAAUAUUUGUUGAGCGUAGUAACUGCCAACAAUUGUUCUGGAUUUUGUCACAUUUUCUCUUAUUUAUUUUUGGUAAAGAAUAUGGCAUCUGAUCACUGCUGCUGCUGCAUGCCUUGUUGUAUUUGAGGACUAAAUUAUUGAGUACAUAAUUAUAUUUGAUUUGCAUAAUAAUUGAUGUCUCUGAAU